CAAAAUAGUGUUGAACACCGCCACUAUCUAAUAACAAUAAUGCUCUCUAGAUGGUCCUCACAACCUACGUACCACUAUAUAGCACUGCCCUAUCCCUCUCCUUAAAAUAAUUCCAACACAUGGGCUAACAUCAUCAAAACCCAACUUCCAUUUACAAAAGUCAAGUUAAAUAUGCAUAAUGCAUAUAUAUAUUUAUAUAUGUAUAUGCUAAGCUACUUCAACCCAUCAUUUCUUAAACACACAAAAGUCUAAGAAAAAAACAAUGAGCAAGCUUUGCGUAGUGAGGUUGGUUUUGAUGGUGGUGGUUGCCAUUGGUGGAGCAACGGCUGAGCAAUGCGGACGACAAGCGGGUGGCGCUAUAUGCCCGAACAGGCAGUGCUGCAGCCAAUACGGGUGGUGUGGCACCACCAGCGAAUAUUGUAUCACUGGCUGCCAGAGCAAUUGCCAAGUUACACCAGCAGCAGGAGGAGAAACAGUUGUAAGAGCCACAUACCAUUACUACGACCCACAACAGAAAAAUUGGGACUUGAUGGCUGCUAGUGCUUAUUGCUCCACUUGGGAUGCUAACAAGCCUUACUCAUGGCGCAGCAAAUAUGGCUGGACUGCCUUUUGUGGACCAUCCGGACCUAGAGGCCGUGACUCUUGUGGAAAGUGUUUGAGGCUUCGGAAUGUGGCAACUGGAGCAACCAUAACAGCAAGGAUUGUGGAUCAGUGCAGUAAUGGGGGCUUAGAUUUGGACUUUAACACUAUAUUCAAACCAUUAGAUACUAAUGGAAGAGGAGUUCAACAAGGUUCUCUCCAAGUGGGCUACACAUAUGUCAAUUGUGGUGAUUAAUUCUGAUGUUGAGCUUGAUCCUCAACUCUCUUGCUAGUAUAUUUUCAAAGAUAAAUAAAUCUCAUGAUGAGGUGUAAUAACAAUUUAUACCGUAAAGAAAGACACUGCUUAUAGCUGAUAUGCUUAUUUAAGUUUAAGCCUAAGAUUAAGACUUAAAUAAAAUCUUUUUGGAAGUUUGUUCCGAAGCGUUUAUGAA